CGGACAGCCGCCUUCCCGACGGGAGGAGAGGACACGAGCUGGUCAGGGACACCCGCGUCCACCCUCGCAGGUGGGAUGUGAAGCCGUGCCGUGGGGAUCGGUGAUGCCGGCUAGCACGGGGAGGAUGAAAAGAGGUGUUACAUUUAGCACACUGGACAAGACAUCUGAUAACUGAAUAAUUAUGUUCAGGAGCAAAGCAUCAAGUCUGUCAAAACUGAUUCCCUCGAUGUUCGGCCAGUCAAAUUUGGCUUACAAAUUUAUUCAUCCAGUUAUUGCUUCUCAUGGACAUUGCUGUCACAGAAGUGUGAUUUACAAACAGAGGUACAGGACUCUCCACCUUAGUGCUGGAAGGCGAACAAUAAGCACUAGGACAAAGGUCAUGUCAGAAGGAGAGUUGCCCUCUGUUUUGAUCCUGGAUAUAGGAGGAACUCAUGGUGUGCUAGAAGACCUUGCAGAACUUUUUAAGAAACACUUUCACCUUAUCACCAUGAAGGAAUUUCUUGGAAACAAAGAAGAAAUGAGGAAAAAAAUCCAGUCUGUUUUUGUGUUUGAGUGCAGGCCAACUAUUGACCGCGAGCUUCUAGAAAGCCUGCCUAAUUUAAAGAUAAUUGCAAACUCUGGGGUUGGAGUGGAUCACUUAGACUUGAAAAUGAUCUCAAGCUUUGGUGUAAAAGUGACCAACACCCCACACGCUGUGGCAGACCCAACAGCAGACAUAGGAAUGGCCUUGAUGCUGGCCUCUGCUAGAAGACUAGUGGAAGGCUGCCACAUUGCUGUUUCUCCAGACACAAAGUAUUUUGCUGUUGACUGGCUGGGAGUGGAAGUAACCAGAGCGACACUUGGGAUCAUUGGGAUGGGCAGCAUUGGAUACAAAGUGGCUCAGAGAGCCAGGGCCUUCAACAUGAGGAUCCUGUACCAUAACAGAAACCGGAGAAGAAAGGAGGAGGAAGAGGCUGUUGGUGCCCACUACUGUGCAAAGAUGGAAGACUUGCUGCAGCAAUCUGACUUUGUUAUGUUGGUUGUGAACCUGACUCCUGAGACUCACAAACUGAUUGGGAAAAAGGAGUUGGGGCUGAUGAAACCCACAGCUACUCUUAUAAACAUCAGCCGAGGUGCAGUUAUUGAUCAAGAUGCAUUGGUAGAAGCUCUCCAGAAUAAGGUUAUUAGGGCUGCAGCUCUGGACGUGACAUAUCCUGAGCCCCUGCCAAGAGAUCAUCCUUUAUUAAACCUGAAUAACGUGAUCAUAACCCCGCACAUUGGAACCGCAACAGUCCAGGCCAUCCGUAUGAUGGCAGAAGAAGCCAUAGCAAACAUGCUGGCUGUUCUCAAUGACCAACCCAUUCCAAGUGAAGUGUUUCCCAAAUGAUGAGUGCUAGAUGAUGCCACUAAAUCUCCUGUCUAUGGGAGGACACUAUUUCUUACCACUUUUAAGCUGAAUAAAAAGCAACCUGUUCCUGCACUGCUCAUCA